AGUCGAAGCUGAGCUGGAGCGCAAGACGCAGCAGUGGAAGAAUGCGCGCACGCCUCGCCCACGCAACGGCGGCUGCGCCCCGGAGCGCCUGGCCACCGCAGUCCCGCCCACAGGCAUCGUGGCCACGGGCGUGGACCUGCAGCUCCUGCGCGCGGCGCCCGUUCGCGUCGCAGCAGCAGCAGCAGCAGCAGCAGCACAUGGCAGCUGGCGACCGCAAGCCGUACUACAUCACCACGCCCAUCUUCUACGUCAACGCCGCGCCGCACGUCGGCCACCUCUACACGCUGGUGCUGACCGACAUCCUCAAGCGCUGGCGGGUGCUCAAGGGCGAGACGGCCCUCAUGUGCACGGGGACCGACGAGCACGGGUUGAAGGUGCAGCGCGCGUCUGCAAAAGCCGGCAUCGACCCGCAGCUGUUCUGCGACCAGGGCGCCGCCCUCUUCAAGGAGCUCGCUGCCAGAGCCCUCGUGUCCCACGACCACUUCGUGCGCACCACCGACGCCGACCACAAGGACGCCGUCGCCUAUGCCUGGUUCCUGCUCCACGAGAAGGGCCUCAUCUACACCAAGAAGCACGAGGGAUGGUACUCGGUCGCCGACGAGGCCUUCUACCCGCCGUCGGCAGUGCAGCCGCACCUCGAUCCGCCCACCGGCCGCAAGAUCAUGGUCUCGGUUGAGACGCGCAGCGAGGUCGAGUGGUCGUCCGAGGAGAACUACCAUUUCCGCCUCUCCCACUUCCGCGGCCCGCUGCUCCAGUUCUACCGCGAGAACCCAGAGUGGAUCACCCCCGCCCACCGCAUGAAGGACGUCGUGCACGCCGUCGAGUCGGGCCUGGAGGACUUAUCCAUCUCCCGGCCCUCAGAGCGCCUCGCCUGGGGUAUCCGUGUUCCCCAAGACAGCUCGCAGACCAUCUACGUCUGGCUCGAUGCCCUCAUCAACUACGUCACGAAAGCCGGCUACCCCUGGGCUCCGGGUCGCGACCACGCCGGCGGCUGGCCAGCAGACUGCCAUGUCAUCGGCAAAGACAUUGUCCGCUUUCACUGCAUCUACUGGCCUGCCUUUUUGAUGGCGCUCGGCCUUCCGCUCCCCAAGAGAAUACUCACCCACGCCCACUGGACUCUGGGCGGCUCCAAGAUGUCAAAGUCCACCGGACGAGUUGUCGAUCCAUUUCUUGCUCUGGACCGAUUCGGCCCAGACGUAAUGCGCUGCUACCUCGCGCACGACGGCGGUAUCCAAGACGAUGGCAACUACGACAACACCCAGAUCAUCAAACUGUACAACAACCUCUUGUGGGCUCAGCUCGGCAACCUCCUGUCGCGCGUUACACGAGGCAAGAAAUGGAGCGUACGAGGCGCGAUCCAACGUAUCGGCCCCCUGCCUGCUUCGGACUGGGCAAAUGACCAGGGUUCAGAAUUCCACAGUACCUUGUUAAAGUUUCCUUCCAACGUUGCAGAGUCGUUAGAUGCACACGACCCUCGUCGCGCUAUUCGCAUCAUAGCGGACUUGAUCCGAUCAUCGAAUCAGUAUGUCCAGGUGUCCGCCCCAUGGCAAAAGAUCCUCGACUACGGCCCUGGUGAGCCUGGCGAAGAGGUUGACAGAAUUGUGUACCUAGCAGCAGAGGCUUUGCGCAUGGCCGGUAUCCUCCUGCAGCCGUACAUGCCGAACAAGGCGAAGACUAUGCUUGAUCAGCUAGGUGUCGACGAUGCACGGCGCACAUUUGAAUACUGCGCCGUUGGGCGUGAUCUGCAUUAUGGAGCACCGACAGUCGAAUUGGGUGUGAAAUAUGAAGGUGCGUUGUUUCCGCCCUUGUCGAGCGAAGAGUAGUAGACUCCGUUGGCUCCGCGCUUCUUGUACAAACAUGACAUGUAAUAUAAAACCGCGUCCAUUAUUAUGCGAUGAGGCCCGGUGCUUUGCACCGACACUUGUAUCAUUACUGUGAAGUACGUUGAACCUGUAAGGAUGGAUUUGUUUGUUGGACCACCUGUAGAUUGGCAAUUGCGAGAAAGUUGAUAGCAGCUCAAUGACCCAUUUAAGUGCUG